AGUCCCGGCUCCGGCAGCGGCCAUGGCGCGGCGCGUUGUGCUCUUCGACCUCGGCGGAGUUUUGUUCCAGCCAGGCCUGCAGCACUUCCUGAGCUCCUGCGAGCGGGAAUGGGCCUUGCCCAGGAAUUUCCUUCGGGAUGUGCUGCUUGCCGGCGGAUCCCAGAGCCCGCAUUCCCGAGUCAUGAGCGGCCAAAUCACCCUGAGCCAGCUGUUUUCGGAGAUGGACGAGGGCUGUCGGCGCCACGCCGAUUCCUUGGGAAUCGCGAUUCCCGACGGAUUUUCCGCAGCUCGUCCCUUUCAGGACCUGCAAUCCCAGGGCAGGGUCAAUGUGCGGAUGCUGCGGGCGGCCGGGACCUUGCGUCGGAAUGGAUUCAAGACCUGCGUCCUGACCAACAACUGGGUGGACGACAGCUCCGGGCGGUUCCUCACGGCCGCGAUCCUGGCUCGGCUCCGGAACCACUUUGACCUGGUGUUGGAAUCCUGCCGGAUCGGGAUCGCCAAACCGGAUCCCGGGAUCUACUCCUACGCCCUGGAGGAGCUGCAGGCCCAGCCGCACGAGGCGAUUUUCCUGGAUGACCUCGGGGAGAACCUGAAGCCGGCACGGGAGCUGGGAAUGGCCACGAUCCUUUUCCAGGAUACGGAAUCCGGCCUCCAGGAGCUGCAGGAGCUCUCUGGGAUCCAGCUCCUGAGGGAGGAGGAGGCGCUGCCGAGGCCGUGCGCUCCGUCCGACGUCACGCACGGAUACGUCAACAUCCGGCCUGGAGUUCGGCUGCACUUCGUGGAGCUGGGCCAGGGCCCCGUGAUCUGCCUGUGCCACGGAUUCCCGGAAUCCUGGCUCUCCUGGCGCUUCCAGAUCCCGGCGUUGGCCGCUGCCGGAUUCCGGGUGAUCGCGCUGGAAAUGAAGGGAUACGGAGAAUCCACGGCUCCGCUCGAUAUCCCAGAAUAUUCCCAGGAGCAGAUCUGCAAGGAUUUUGUGACUUUCUUGGAUAAACUGGGAAUUCCUCAGGUUGUCCUGGUCGGCCACGACUGGGGAGGAGCCGUGGCCUGGAAUGUGGCGUUGUUCUAUCCCGAGAGGCUCCGAGCCGUGGCCUCGCUGAACACUCCGUACCGGCCGGCCGAUCCCAACACGGAUAUCAUGGAAAGAUUGCGAUCUAAUCCCGCUUUUGAUUAUCAAUUUUAUUUCCAGGAGCCGGGAGUGGCGGAAGCGGAGCUGGAAAAGGACGUCGGAAGGACUCUGAAGAUCCUGAUCCGCUCCACGAGCCCGGAGGAUCUCCUUCCCAUCAACUUCGACUUCCACAGGGUCUGGGAGAGAGGGGGGCUCCUGGUGGGAUGCCCCGAAGACCCGCCCGGGAGCCGCCUCCUGCCUCCUCCCGAGCUGGAAUAUUACAUCCAACAAUUCCAGAAAUCGGGAUUCAGGGGUGCCCUGAAUUGGUACCGGAACAUGAGAGCAAACUGGAGAUGGUCCCUGAGAGCCAGGGACAGGAAGAUCCUGAUCCCGGCGCUGCUGGUGACGGCCGGGAAGGAUCCGGUGCUGCAUCCCAACCUCAGCAAGGGCAUGGAGAGCUGGAUUCCGCAGCUGCACCGGGAGAACCUCCAGGAAUGCGGGCACUGGACACAGCUGGAGAGGCCGGCCGAGGUGAACCGGAUCCUGCUGGAAUGGCUGGAAAAGCUCCCCCCGGAUUCUCCUUUUCCCGGGAAUUCCAAGCUUUGAGCGGGAUUUUUUUUUUUUUUUCCCUGGGAAUUCCCCUCCGGCUUGGAUUUGGUCCUUCCGAGAGGAAUAUUCUUCCCUUCGGAAUUUUUCCCUUGGGAAUUUUUCCCACC